UCGUCUCGGAGUGGCGCCGGGCGCGAGACGCGUGUUUAUCGAUUAAAGCUCACUAUUGAAAGAGAUAGAAAAUGAUAAGAGGCAGAAUGUAUCAAUACUUACCGUGCUUUGCUCUUAUCAUUACGUAAACACCCCGUUCGAAGUGCACGAUAUUCGCAUUCUCUUUAACGUACCGUUAGAAGAGAACUCUAAGGUCCUAACGGUGAAAAAAAGUAUAGGUUUCCUCCUCAGUUACCUUCUCGUGUCCAUCCAACAUGCCGCAACGAUCAAAUAUUUUGCACGGUGAGGGUGAAGUGAUUGCCGAACUUGAUUUCUCGAUGGGACAAUUGUUAUUGAUGCAACUGGCGACGCACGGUACUCGCGUGGCUCAGAUAAACCCCCACACCGGCAAGGAGCAAACGUUCCAACAUAUUUUAGACACUAGCCGAAAAUUGGCAAUUUAUCUACAAAGAGAAGGACUGAGGACAAACGAUACUAUAGCUGUGUGCAGUGAAAACAAUCUGGAAUUUUGUAUUCCAGUGUGUGCCGCGUUUUACCUGGGCGCUAUUGUCUGCCCAUUAAAUCCAUUGUAUUCCGAAAGAGAGUUGAAACAUGCGCUCGCCAUUUCGAAGCCAAAGUUUAUUUUUAUUUCGCCGGUAGCGCUUGAUACCGUGAGAAAGGUAUUCAAAGAGUUGCAUUGGUCGCCGAGAGUGCUGAUGCUUACCGAACAUGGUAGCAGUAAUGUAUCAUGGACGAGCAUGUACAGAGUGAUAUCAAACGUUUCCGAUGACGAUGCAAAUGCCCUCCAAGCGGCUCCUGUCGAUAUAGCUAAUCAUGUAACAGCAAUUUUAUGUUCAAGUGGAACUACGGGACUGGCGAAAGGCGUCAUGUUGACGGACAAAAAUAUUACCACGGUCAUACGCACGCAUUUGAGCAGCAAUACAAUUCCCGAAAGCGCUAUAUCUUUGGCCCUGCUCCCAUUCUUUCAUGCGUAUUCCUUCGUCUUGAUGAUACUCAGUAUGUUACGUGGGAACUGCAUUGUUGUGUUCUCACGGUUUGAGGAAGAGAUGUUCCUACAAUACGUGGAAAAAUAUCAGAUUCAAUAUUUGCCCGUGGUACCGUCGCUUAUGACAUUCUUGGCUAAACAUCCACUUGUGGAUAAAUAUGAUUUAUCUUCUGUUAAAGCAGUAUGGAGUGGAGCAGCUCCGUUGUCGAAGGAAAUUCAGAAGGCUGUCGCUAAGCGAUUAAAUAUUACUGAAGUUAAACAAGGCUACGGAUUGACAGAAACUACCUUAGCCGUGCUGCGAUCCCCAGAUGACAAUGCAAAACCAGGUAGCGUUGGCGUGUUAGUUCCAGGCACAUCAGCGAAGGUAAUACCAAUUGGAGAAUACGAGACGGAUAAAGCUUUAGGGCCAAAUUGCACAGGAGAAUUAUGCUUCAAAGGAGAUUUGAUAAUGAAAGGCUAUUAUAACGAUGAAAAAUCCACUAGAGCGACAAUUGAUAAGGAUGGUUGGUUGCAUACGGGGGAUGUAGGAUACUAUGACGAAGAUGGUUACUUUUACAUCGUUGACCGUAUAAAGGAACUCAUCAAAUAUAAAGGCUAUCAGGUACCGCCAGCCGAACUCGAAGCGAUUUUGUUAACUUAUCCUAGUAUACAAGACGCGGCAGUAAUUGGCAUACCAAAUGACAAAACUGGGGAGUUACCAAUGGCCUUCGUUGUAAAGGAGGCUAAUUCCAACGUUUCCGAAAAAGAUAUAAUCCAGUAUGUUAAUGACCGUGUAUCAAAUCCUAAGCGACUUAGAGGCGGUGUAAGAUUUAUAGAUAGCAUUCCAAAAACUCCAUCUGGUAAAAUAUUACGUCGAUUAUUGCGAGAUAGAUUAAAAUCAAAAUUAUAAACUGUCACUUUUUCGUGAUUUGGGUCAUUUAUUACAAUCAUG